AAAUAGGCGGAGUCUUCACUAGACGGCUCCUCCUAUUUAGGAAUAUUAAUUAUCGAUAUUCGCAUAAUAUUGGUAAUUAAUAUUCCCCCUUUACAUUGGCGAGCCAGGCCCACUGCGUAGAUUUUGCGUUUGUUUUUGGUCUUAAGGCUAAGGGUCGCUAGUACUGUGAAUUAGCGGGCAGGAGAGACGCGGUCAGCGGAGUGUCUGAGCGUCUAGGACCCGAUAAUUCGGACAGGAGAAGCGAUACUUCCCUUACAGUACCAGAAAUAAAACAAAAUCUUUUGCAGAGAACUUAUAGUCUAUCUGUAUACUAAUAUUUUUGUAUUUGCUUUACACGGUCACCGCUGCUGGGGUGUGAAGAAGGAUACGUCACGGAAAGAGAUCCAUCUUCGUUGGAGGUACAUAGAAGUCCGGCUGGUCGGGAAGAAGCGUUCCGGAAGAAAAGGACUUCUUUCAAGCAGCUGCAAGGGACGGGAGAGUACAGCACCAACAAGAAGAUGGAGGCUCGGAAAAAUAACACAAGAGGGAGACACUCCAUGGGACCUCACUACCAGGGAAGAGCUAGGCAUCCUCUGAAUGGGAUACGUAUCCAGCUUGUGACACUGGUGGUAAGCAUGUUGGUGGCAGGCUCAGCCUCUUCAGGGGAGGACCUGGGGACUAAUAUUGGUAUGGCCAGCAUAUCACUUGAUGGACCCGGCCUUUUAAUGGUGGAAUGUUUGGGUGGCAAAAUCCUGGAACCAUACGAGCACGUUACCUUUACACCAGGUCAAUGGUAUCUGUAUGGUUUCCAGAGAGAGGGUUUUGCCAACGGUGUAAUUCAGCAUUAUACCCCGGUGGAGAAUGUGUCUGCCAUACAACAUGACUUGCACGCCCUCUGUCUCAAGGAAUACAGGCAUUUUCAGGACUUGGACCCUGUACCUAUCAAAUCCUUAAGAUGGGUGUCUAGGAAUCCACACCUGCACCCUUACCAGCAAGUGAGAGCCAACACUACCUCAGUGUUGUGUACAAAGGAGGGUUUGCUGAGUCCUGAAGAUGUCACUGGGGCAGAGUACAGCGGUUGGUAUAUCCUGAAAGCUACCUUCCUAGGGAAGGAUAGCAGAAACGGGUUGAGGGUUAGGACAUAUUUCGAUAGGCCCAUUCCGGUAAAAGGCACCCUGAAGGCUUAUUGUAUGUUGAGGGAUUCCCAGAUGAUUAUCACCAGGGAAUCCAGUUAUGUACAGGGACAUGUAUCCACAGAUUACUUGCGAACCAGCAUAAUGAUGUUAAAGUUAAAUUGCAGUGACUCUGAUCAGGCCAUCUGGAAUGAUCAGAGUGGUCCGGUAAAACUGGAGGGUUUGUAUCGAGCCACAGUUUUAAAGGUACGGACCGAUGCCAAGGACCCAAGGUAUACGCAGUUAAAGGGGUCUCCAUCCAUACGGUCUUUCAUGAUUACGAUCAUGAGAGACAACUGCGUUCCUGAGGUGACGGGAUACUAUUUCGUCACCUAUGCCCACUGGGAACAGGAUACCCAGAUGGUGAUGUUAGACACUAAUCCCUGGAGGUGGGAUUUAGUGUGUAAUGGGGUGGACACCCCUACAGUGGAUGUAUGGAUGGAUGGUACCCCUAUGACUGAGGAAUACCGGGGUAGGUAUGUGUCUUCCGAUUGGACAGACCCCAGAGGCAGGGACAUUAACUUUGACAUCAAUAUAGAUGGUUCAUUCAAGUGGCCUUUUUGUGAGGCAGCCGACGAAGGGUGCUGGACCUUUACUCAAUGGGUCUAUCUAUCUCAAACCAAACCCGUAGGGAAACUAGUGUUACAAGCUGGAGAAGACGAACAAUGGUAUCCAUUCAAAGGACGGGGACAGGUCUGUGUUACGGUAGUAAGGGUCCCUUACGAAACAGAAGGUCUCCAACCAGUACGACCACAUUCGGACUCUUGCACCACCCCUAUCCAUCAAUUGGCAGACCCUGUAGCUCCUCAACUGUCAUCCCCCUGGAAGAUCAUCACGGAUGCAAAAUUCAUCCUGUUUACCUGGAGAAUUUCCGUGGAUGACUUCAGAGUGGAUCACUGGGAUCACAGGUGUGAGGAGUUCGUUAGGAACCAAAUUGACAUGGUAAGAGGUUGGAUAGAGGCGGGGCAAGAGGUCAGGAAAGACGACUCUCGACUCAGGAAGAACAGGGGGAGGAGAGACCUGGUGGCUAUGGGACUUGGCGGAGGUGCUUUGGGAGUGGGUGCCCUGAACACUAUGGAUAUGGAAGUCCUGAGAAGUAAGCUUGGGGAGGUUGCGCGACACGCCGGGGAGGGAUUCAAGACCCAGAUUGAUGUAGACCACGUCUUAGAGGGUUUACAACACUCGCACAUUGAUGCCACUACCUCUCUAUCUUCCGCUAUACGUGAGAAGUUUAGGAGGUUAGUUGUGGGUCUUUUGGAGGAGCAGGAUCGGGCUCAGCUUGCUCUGGCGUGUACGCAGGUCCAGAGUGAACUCUCGGACAACCUUAAACAUAUUGUCACGGCACUUCAUAACGGCCACUUCCCAUUCAACCUCCGUCAGCGAAUAAGCCCACUAAUUUCUCCUUUUGCCAUUAAUCACACCAACUGGUGGGUGGUUCAGUGGCAUGGAUGUCAAAAUUUAACCUGCACUGCUUCGUCCCUGGCACCUGUAUCCGGUCGCAUCAGACAAGGAUACAGUGUCAUCAAUCUAGGAACAAUGAUUAACAACCAGACGGUGCUUCAUCCCCAGCUCCCCUCGGGCGUUCUAACCUAUGAGGAGGGCCAUCCCUCUUUGUUUGAUACAGAGGGAUGUCGGAUAAGGGAGAAUGCCAUCCUCUGUCAGGGUAGUCGGGAGCGGACGCUCAGACACCAGUGUUGGAACACCGAGGGGUCCUGUGAGAUGAAGGCCAACCCAAUGCCCUCAUCCUCUUUGAAAUAUUUGGGGCAGGGGUAUUGGUGUUGGUACCAAGGGAGUGAUCCAUCAUAUGCAAUUUUUGGACUUAACUGCACCGAACGAGGAACACUCCGCCCCGGAGCAUACUGCACCCUUAGUCCCGUUUUAGGUUUGAACGUCGCAGAGCAGCAGGGAAGAACCCCGAUUACCCCAGAGAAAAGACUUGACAUCCGCCCCGAUGUUCCUGUAAGACUUCAGAAGAUUCCUCUUGGUUUCGGCAAAGAACUUAGACAUCUCCUAAUGGAUUUUAACCAAGAGGAAGAGAUCGUACAACGUCUUCGGGAGACGGAGAAGCAAGCCACCAUUCAACUCACCCAUGACCGAACAAAGAUUACCGCGGUUGCCACAGCAUUGGACAAGGACUCAAAGGUUUCGUGGUGGGAGAGUCUUUUCGGAUAUAGUCCUAAGGCAACUUCAUUUUUCAAUUUAUUGAUACACCCGGUGAUAGUGCUUCUGGCUCUGGUUGGACUCAUGUACCUUGGACUAUGGUGGAUGUAUCGGAGAGUCAAGAGACUAACGGACCAACUAAACCAGAACCAGACGGCACUGCACGAAGUCAACCGCCGAAGGCUCAGGACAUGACUCCACAAGAAGUCCUGAGGCCUAAUCACCCAAAAGACAGGACAAUUGGACUGAACUCUUGGGUUUGGGGGGGUUGGGGGGUUAUUGUGUAAAUAGGUGGUGUGAAUGGGGAUAGAAUAGGGCACGAUAGGGACAGGCCCCCUCUGGUUGCCAUUUGCCACUUUGACCCCUGAACGGUAAGGACCAUGAGGGAAAACCUGGAUGUGUAGUGUAACGGAGGUAUUCCCGUUGUUAGAAUUUAGGUACCGUGACAUCACCUCUAUUGAGGAUAUAUAUCUGACCUGCCUUGUAAAGACCGAUUCAGCUGUCCAUGGGAGAACCGCACCCAUCCUUCAAUCAAGAUGGAACAAGACAUGCUUAAGGAGAGUUGGCACAGAAUGGAGACUGAGACUGCAAGGGUGGACCCACUCCAGAUUCUUUGGGCGUGGACGACACCUGAAGAUCGGCAGCAAGGCCAAGAGACGGCGAGGGUGUGGUCAUUCUAAACUUCAGGAGUGACCAACACCGGAAGAAGUGAGAAGAAAGACCAGUCAAAGACUGCGAGGUUCAAGCCACUCCGGACAGUAGGAGGGGCUGACACCGUAACAAUCAAGGUAGAAGAGAGUUCCUGGGAAAAGAAGAUGACGGUGUAUCCUGUGGAUGGGGGAGUCGGUUACGGUGAAGGGCAGGUCGGAGGAAGUCAUCGGGUUAGAUGAUGUCUAGGUACCUAAGAGACAGGGUGCACUCCGGUUUUCCUGGACCAUUACCAAGGAUGGGGUUGAGGGGGGGCAAAGAUGCCUCCACCCUUCCCCCCAAGAGAUUGUCGCAUUUCCGACAACAGGGGGAUUGUUGAGGAAGGGUGGCGCGUAUUGUGUGGGUGUGUGUGUAUGUAUAUGUAUUGGCGGUGCAGAGGACGAUGUGCGCAGAUGUGCCCAGCACCUGCGCCCAUCCGCCUCCGAUAUUCCCCAGGGGCUCAUCCAUGCCCCUGUGGGAAUUCAUAUAGUGUGGCCCGCGAAUGCAUAUACAUAUACACGUGCCCAUUUAAUAGGUGAUGGGCCCCUUUAAUAUAUGGGCCGCUUUUAUAUAUAGUGGGCCCCUUUAACAUGUUGUGGGCCCCUUUAACAUGUUGUGGGCCCCUUUAACAUGUUGUGGGCCCCUUUAACAUGUUGUGGGCCCCUUUAAUAUAUAUGUGGGCCCCUUUAAUAUAUAUGUGGGCCCCUUUAAUCAAAAUAUAUAUAUGGUGCAAUCUCUAUAUAUAGAUAUAUAUGUCCCCCUUCAUGCCCCCUGAAGUAACUGCCACACACAGCCCCACAUACAUUAA